UAUGCGCUUUUCACUUUCUCAUUUUAUUUAAUCAUGAAUUACCUUUACUUCAAGCUCAGUUUUGUCUUACAUGCAUUUUAUCUUCAUCUAUUUAAACAGCUAAACUUGAUGUAUUGGAGUAUCCAAAAAUACACACAACACCUCCACAAAUCAAUGAGUAUGAUUUCUGAAAAAAGAAUAGCUAUCCAAUUUCUACUUGUUGUUCUUGUCUGUGUGUUUGUUUCAGGAGAUGCAAAAGUGAGAUGCAUAGAGAGGGAGAGAGAAGCUCUUCUAAGCUUCAAGAAUGGCGUCUUCGACUACUAUGGCUAUCUCUCGUCAUGGCGAAGCAUCGAAUGCUGCAGAUGGUAUGGUGUUUGGUGCAGCAACACCACUGGCCAUGUCAUCGCCCUCCAACUUAAUAUCAGAUUGGAAGGUGAGGUUGGUUCUUCCUUGCUUGAGUUGCAUCAUUUGAACUAUCUUGAUCUCAGUUGGAAUGAUUUUGGAGGCAAUCCAUUCCCAGAUUUCAUUGGUUCCAUGAAACAGUUACAACAAUUGUUUCUCAGGGGUUGUAACUUUUCUGGGAUUGUUCCUCCUCAGUUAGAGAACCUUACAAACCUACAAUCACUCGAUCUUAGUCAGAAUAAUUUUGAAGGACCAAUUCCUGAAUUCUUUUGUUCCAUGAAACAAUUACAACAAUUGUUUCUCCGUGCUUCUAAAUUUACUGGGAUCGUUCCUCCUCAAUUAGGAAACCUUACCAACCUUCGCGUACUUGACCUUUCAUAUAACUCUUUGAGGAUUAAGAAUCUUGAUUGGCUUUCAAGCCUCUCUUUGAUGUAUAAUCUUGGUUUGAGUCAAAUCGACUUAAGUCAUACAAACUGGCUGCCACAGAUCCUAAGUCUUCGUUUCCUCUAUGGAUUGCAAUUGGACUCUUGUAACAUAAGCACAACUAUAGUGGAACCAACUGUUAAUUCUUCUACAUCUCUUUCCUUGCUCGAAUUGGAUGAUAACCAACUCACUCCUUCCUCGUUCCAUUGGUUAUCUAACAUAAGCACAACUCUAGUGGGUAUAGACCUUUCACAUAAUGCUUUAGGGGGGCCAAUUCCUGACGCAUUCAUAGAGAAAUUGGUUCUUGUUGAAACUCUUGGUCUUGCUAGUAACAAGUUUGAAGGUCAAAUCCCGAAAUCUUUGUUCAAUUUGAGUCAUUUACGCACCUUAGUCCUUUACGAAAAUGACUUAAGGGGAAACACUGAUGAGUUGUUUGGAAAUACAUCCGGGAAAGGAAUAUUGGAAUCGCUCCAAAUUCUCGACUUGGCCCGUAAUAAACUCAAUGGACCAGUGCCAGACCUGAGAGCUUUUUCUGCACUGACAGAAGUGUACUUUGGGGGAAACAACCUGACUGGCUCUAUUCCUCUAAGUAUCGGCCAACUCUCUGAGCUUCGUGUUCUAGAUCUUUCUACAAAUUUGUUGGAAGGUGUAGUCUCUGAAUCCCAUCUCAUCAAGCUCAACAAGUUAAAGAAACUAGAUUUAUCUUUCAAUUCAUUGAUAUUGCAUUUUGGCCCUGAUUGGAGUCCUGCUUUUCAGUUGGAUGCUAUACUUUUAGCUGGAUGCAAUGUGGGCCCAUCUUUCCCAAAAUGGAUUCAAACUCAGAGAAGUUUCACUACCCUUGAUAUUUCUAGAGCUAAUAUAACAGAUGAAAUCCCAGCAUGGUUGUGGAAUGUAUCCCCUUCAUUAGCCAACUUAUACCUUUCUGAUAAUCAAAUUACCGGUAUUAUCCCGAAUCUCUCAUCCAUUCCCAUCACCGUCAUAGAUCUUAGUAACAAUAGGCUCUCAGGUUCCAUUCCAUUAUUUUAUGCCUAUGUUGAGCUUGUUCAGCUGAGUGGAAAUAUGUUAUCUGGAUCAAUUUCAUCUAUCUGUAGUGUAUUCUAUGGUCGGUUCUGGAUACUUGACCUGUCCAAUAAUCAGUUGGCUGGAGAGAUUCCCAAUUGUUGGGAGCAAUUGCCAAACUUAUUCUCUCUCAGUUUAGCUAACAACAGGUUAUGGGGUGAAAUUCCUAGUUCUUUGGGACAUUUGCACGACCUCGCUGCACUGCAGUUGCGUGGUAAUAGUUUAUCGGGAGAGUUUCCUUCCGCUUUGAGAAGUUGCCAUAACAUGCAGUUAGUUGAUGUUGCAGAGAAUGAGUUAACAGGAGACAUCCCUUCUUGGUUUGGUGAAAUGUAUAAAAUGACAUUUCUAAACCUUGGCACAAACAAAUUGCAUGGCAGUAUUCCUGACGAGAUAUGCAAUUAUACGUCUAUUAGAAUUAUAGACUUGUCUAAAAACAUCCUGUCUGGAAAACUCCCGGAUUGCUUCAAUAAUUUUACUUCAAUGGCUCAAAAUAGUACGCCAGCUGAUUUGGUUCGUCUGGGUUAUGUUUAUAGCUUCACUUACAGUCCUCCUCUUCCAAAUCAGAAUUUUAAAAGGUACUUUGGGUAUUCACUAUUUACGUGGAAGGAGCAGGAAUCAGAAUAUAGGAAAAAUCUCAUAUUUCUCAAACUUAUUGAUCUUUCAAGCAAUAGAUUGUCCGGAAACAUUCCCAAAUCAUUUUCUAGUAUGAAGGGAUUGGUUUCCUUGAACCUAUCAUCAAAUAGUUUCACAGGAAGUAUAAUUCCAGAUAUUGGUGAGAUGGAAAUGCUAGAAUGUCUUGAUCUAUCAAAGAAUCAGUUGUUUGGGAAGAUCCCCUCUAGCUUGGCACAUUUAAAGUACUUGGAUUUUCUUGAUUUGUCAAACAACAAUUUGUCUGGAGAAAUUCCAACGAGUACUCAACUUCAGAGCUUCAAUGCAUCUGCUUAUGCCGGGAAUGAUGGACUCUGUGGGCCCCCGCUCGCAUUGUGCCCCAAAGAUAUCUUGAAGCCACCCACCACUCUUCCGAAGAAAGACAUCAGUCUCUCUUUUAUGCAAGAAGUGGGCGUAUCAAUGGCCCUUGGUUUUAUAUGUGGAUUUUGGGGUGUUCUUGGUACUUUCGUACUCAAGAAAACAUGGAGAAUUGCAUUCUUCAACUUUUUUGAUGCCAUUGGAGAUUGGUUUUAUGUGAGGAUUGCUAUAUUUGCAUCCAAAUUGAGAAGAAGCUGAUAUAUCAGAGGUGGACAGAGAUGGUACAAGAAGAAAGGAACGACAACUAUUGCUUAUGAAUAGUCUUUGUACCUUGAUUGAAGUGCUUUGAUGUCCUAUAUUUCAUCAAUAUGUUGGUCAUGUAAUUUAUUUUGCGAUAAUACAAUAUUGUGGGAUCUUAUUAUUGUCAAA